AGCAAUAGACAGAAUGAACCAGUCGAUAGUAUCAGAGUUUGUGUUCCUGGGACUCACGAAUUCAUGGGAGAUCCAACUUCUCCUUUUUGUUUUCUCCUUUUUGUUCUACUUGGCAAGCAUGAUGGGAAACCUUGUCAUUGUGUUCACUGUAACCUUGGAUGCUCAUCUACAUUCGCCUAUGUAUUUCCUCCUGGCGAACCUCUCAGUCACUGAUAUGUUGUUUUGCUCAAUCACAGCCCCUAAAAUGAUUUGUGAUAUUUUUAAGAAGCACAAGGCCAUCUCUUUUUGUGGAUGUAUUAUGCAGAUCUUCUUUAGCCAUGCUGUUGGGGGCACUGAGAUGGUGCUGCUUAUAGCCAUGGCUUUUGACAGAUAUGUGGCCAUAUGUAAGCCUCUGCACUACUUGAGCAUCAUGAGCCCAAAGAUAUGUCUAUACUUUUUAGUCACUUCUUGGGUCAUUGGGCUCAUCCAUUCAUUGGUUCAAUUAGUUUUUGUGGUAGAUUUGCCUUUUUGUGGCCCUAAUGUAUUGGAUAGUUUUUAUUGUGACCUUCCCCGGCUCCUCAGACUUGCCUGCACAAACACCCAAGAACUGGAGUUCAUGGUUACUGUCAAUAGUGGGCUCAUUUCUGUGGGCUCCUUUAUCCUGCUGGUCAUUUCAUAUGUCUUCAUUUUGUUUACUGUUUGGAAGCAUUCCUCUGGUGGCUCAUCCAAGGCUGUCUCCACACUGUCAGCUCAUAUCACUGUGGUGGUUUUGUUCUUUGGGCCACUGAUGUUUUUCUACACAUGGCCUUCUCCCACAUCACACCUGGAUAAAUAUCUUGCUAUUUUUGAUGCAGUUAUCACUCCUUUUCUGAAUCCAGUCAUCUAUACAUUCAGGAACAAAGAGAUGAAAGUGGCAAUGAGGAGACUGUGCAGUCGUCUUGUGUAUUACAGGAAGAUUUUGUGA